GAAAAUGAGGAGGACUCCCACAGGAUCGCCCAGUCCCCGGUGGUCCAUGUCAGGGGGCUGUGUGAGGCCGUGGUGGAGGCUGACCUGGUGGAGGCCCUGGAGAAGUUUGGGCCCAUAUGGUAAGAAUCCAUCCAAAUGUGUUGGGUGGUACGUGCCUCCCACCCCUUAACCCCUUGUUUUCCUCACUGUAAGACCUAGAAACAAAACAGCUUUUAUCCCAUCUUUUUUGUUAAACAUAGGAAAAUAUGCACAGAAAUUGGCAAUGUGCACAGAAUGCACUGUACUGUGACUUGGGAUACACUGGAUAAGAGUGUAUGCUAGACCCCUGUGCUAAAUGGAUCUUAUAAAUGUAGUGUAGAUACUGUAUGUGUGAGGCCUCUCCAGUGAAGUGCCUUUCAUCCUGUAGAAGUCUCUGGGGUUCUGUAGAAAUAUAACGUUAGAUCACCAUAUACUGAGGCAGUGAUCUAACAAGGUUUAGCUCAUCUCCUUUAAUGAGCUACACACACACACACACACACACACACACACACACACACACACACACACACACACACACACACACACACACACAGACACAUACACAUACAGACACACACAAACAUUUUCAUACAGACACACACAAAUAGCGUGGAGGUGGAGGUGUUGGCCAAACCAAGCUUUUAGGGGAGAGUGGGGUAAGUUGAGACAAAGGGGUAAGUUGAGCCAAAGGGGUAUGUUGAGCCACCCUUGUUUCUAGGAAACCAUACACAAAAUUAAUAAUUUGACCAAAUAUUUAGGAAGAGGUCAUUUCAUGGAGUCUGUGAAGGAAGAAACCACAUGGAAAAAGUGGUAAGAAAGUUAUGUCCAAAAAAAGGAUUUUCAUUAAGUCAAAUGAAUUUACUGUGUUAGAGGUUUCAUGAUGCUUGUAUCUAAACCAAAGUAGAUAAUUUAAAGAUUGUUCUACACAUCAGCUGGGGUCUCUAUAAGCUUCAAUAUGAGGUCAUAAACCUAGCAUGAAAGUGCAUCCUUGUAGCUGUGUGGGCUGAUAUAGUCAAAAUGGUUGCCUUGGGGUAAGUUGAGCAAAUUGAAAUGUUUUCUUCCCAGUAGUGCUGAGCAAUUAACCGAAAUGUAGGUUAUUUUUUGUUUUUUAAACAAGUAAUUGAACAAAAUCUGUUCAAUUAUUUGAAUUCCAUUUUGUUCUGUUUCUUUCUGUGAGCUCAAUGCGCAAAUUGCAGUUUCUCUAGAGAUAAAUCAGAUCAAGCUCGAACUGUGCGAUGUAGUAGGGAGUUGUAGUUUCCAACAUGCCAAUAUUCUACAUAGUUUAUCGCAGAAAGCGUGGUAAUUAACUACAAUGACCAUAAUCCAUUGCGAGCCUACUUGUCUGGUCUGUUUCUUUUACGCCUGCUACGUAAGAGACAGAAGAAUGUGCAAUCGAGAGAGAUAGAGAGAAGUUGCUUCACGAGUUAUCUCCACCUGAAAAUACAUCUAAGUGAUUGAUAGUUGGUAUUCAGCAGCAGUCAUAAAAGUAUGCCUUAUUUACUUUGAAUAACUAAUAAAAUAGUUAUUUCAUCAGACAGCAUAGGCAGUGCUCUAUAGAGAUUAUAUGACUUAGAAUAAAAUAAUAAAGUCAUCAAAUAAAACAAAUGUAAUAUACACAACAACUGAUAUAUUUUAUUAAAGUAAUGUAAAUAACUAAUGGUUUAUAAGUGAUAAGCAGUAAUGGGCAGUCACUACCAUCAUGGGACUUUUAAUAAUUGUUUUAUUCUGUGUUGUUACAGCAUUCAACCCACAUAAUGCAUAGCGCAUUUAACCGUGAUAAUUUUUAACCGUGAUAAUUUUUUUACAGACCACUUUUUUGGGACAAGCUGUGUUUUCAAAACUGUUAUGUUUACAUGAAUUCUGAUUAUUUCCAGUAAUGCACAACAUCCUGAAAUAUAUGUAGAUAUCUUUGUUAGAAAUAAUAAUAUAUUUCCCUUGACGGAGUGAUGCUGAAUGAAAGAAUUGCUCAGAUUACCCCUCUCUUCCCUACCUCACAGACACCUUGAGGAUCAGAGAGAUCUCAGUGUUACUCCUUAUGUGGUGCAAUAUUCAUUAACAUCCCUAAGAGAGCUGUGGAAACAGCAUACGAUAGCAUGAGUAACCCACAACAUAGAGACAAUCUACCGUACCAUGGUAACUGUAGAAACUAUGGUAACGGUCCAAUUAGACCAGCACUGCCCACAGUAUUGUCACAACAGCAGUUUCUCCCCUCCUCCUGUUUUGUGUGCUUUUCUGUUGAGCCACUUUAGGCUCAGUGCAUCUGUCAUAAUUUUUUGAAGGUAAUAUAAACAAGAAAUAGAUAGAGCAGUUUCCUUUCUGGUAUAAUUGUUUGACAGUUGCCCAAAACCUCAGAAUUUGACCAGGAAAUGUUUACAUUCCAAACUUGCAGAGUUUUAAUUCUGUCAGUUCAGGACAUGAGUUCUCUUUGGGCAAAUCUCAAAGAGACCCCCUUCGCAAUAGUGCUCUCUUUUUGGCAUUAUGGUAGACAGCAGGGAAUAGGGUGUCAUUUGAGCCUCAGUUAAUUUAGAGUAAUGGACCAGUUUUCCACUCAGUCAAUUUAAUUCUAAUGGACUUCCUUAUUGUUUUGUGUUGAUGGCAGCUAUGUGAUGAUGAUGCCCUUUAAGCGGCAGGCGCUGGUGGAGUUUGAGAUGGUGGAGUGUGCUGAUAAGUGUGUGGCGUGUGGCAGCAGCGAGGCAGUCUACAUCGCAGGCCAGCAGGCCUUCUUCAACUACUCCACCAGCAAGAGGAUCACCCGGCCCACCAACUCAGACAACCCCAACAGUGGCAACAAAGUCCUGCUCCUGUCUAUCCAGAAUCCACUCUACCCCAUCACCACAGUAAGAACACGGAGUCAAGGCUGAAAAUACAUACUGUAUUAUACAUAAGAAUUAGAAUAUAUGCCAUUUAGCAGACGCUUUUAUCCAAAGCGACUUACAGUCAUGCAUGCAUUUACGUAUGGGUGGUCGCGGGAAUCAAACCCACUAUCCAGGCGUUACAAGCACCGUACUCUACCAACUGAGCUACAAAGAACCAUUACCACAGUGCCAGUUAUUAACUCACUCUGUGCCACGCCCCUGGCACUGUAUGAAUGCUAUACUCUCACCAUGGUAACAGUAGUUAACUAGAGUCUCUGAUUAUUUCCCAUAUUAACAAUAGUCAAGUGAAUAUAUAAAUCUAAAGCAUUGUGUAUUAUCAUAGAACUGCAGGAUUUAUUUUUUGACCCUUUCUUGCUCUCUCACUCCCUCUCUAUAUCUCAAUGUUAUCUCUCUCUCUGUCUCCCUCUCUCUCCUAAUGUGAGCCGACGGGCUACAUUUAGAAAGUAGUGUUUUAAAGCAUCCUGUGGCUGUUUCGAGGUUUAUUUCUCCCGGAGUUUGUGCAUAUCUCCCGCCAUAAUCUCCCCCCCCCCUCUCUUUCUCCCUCUCUCCCUCUCAGGUUGUACUGAUAGAUAGAGAGGGCUCUCAGCGGGGUGUCUGUAGAUGUGUUCAGAUAUCAUGUGUCUGAUGAUUACAAUACCAGGAAGCUCACGUAUAUCAGUCUUCCUCAGAUAUGGAUGAACAAAUAGCAGAGAAAGCAUUCCAGCCUUGCACUGCUUCCCUGUGUCUCAUUCCAGCUGAGCAGAUAGGAAAUACAACACGCAACAGCAGAUAAAUGUGUAGUUAUGCAAGCUGGUAAUGGAGACCCCGAUAGGGUUGAAUUGUCUUAUUAUUGAGUCAAACAGAGUCUGAUUAGAGAGACACAGUCACUGUGCUAGAACAUACAAGCAUAUGGAAGUAUGAACACACACACUAAAGGACUGAUAGAUGGAUGCACAUAGAUAUACACUCACUCUUAUAGAUAGACAUACAACGCCAUACUAGGGUCUUAUAUAGGUUCCUGCAUCCAGAUUGCUCUCUCUAAGGACACACAGAUGUUCCUACCUCAUUGAAGUCUCACAUAAAUACUAUUUCUCAUUAUUCCAUCAAUGUCACACAGUAACCUCUCAAAUAUUGUGCACAAAUUUGUUACUGCCUGGUACAUUGUCUUCGAUGUUGCAGGUGUCAGGGAGAAACUCAGUUUUGAUUGGAGCUUUUAUCUUCCAUCUGCAGCCUUGGUGAGAGCUGACUAUAACAUUUUCUAUGUCUCCCUCUGUUGUCACCAAGGACGUUCUUUACACCGUCUGCAACCCCAUCGGCAGUGUGAUGCGCAUCGUCAUCUUCAAACGCAACGGCAUCCAGGCCAUGGUGGAAUAUCCUUUCUGUCUGUCUGUCUGUCUGUCUGUCUGUCUGUCUGUCUGUCUGUCUGUCUGUCUGUCUGUCUGUCUGUCUGUCUGUCUGUCUGUCUGUCUGUCUGUCUGUCUGUCUGUCUGUCUGUCUGUCUGUCUGUCUCUGUCUGUCUGUCUGUCUGUCUGUCUGUCUGUCUGUCUGUCUGUCUGUCUGUCUGUCUGGCUGGCUGGCUGGCUGGCUGGCUGUCUGUCUGUCUGUCUGGCUGGCUGGCUGGCUGGCUGGCUGGCUGGCUGGCUGUCUGUCUGUCUGUCUGUCUGGCUGUCUGGCUGGGUGGCUGUCUGGCUGUCUGUUAGGAUGUGAGUGUGAUGGGUGGAGGGUGAGCCAAUAAUAAAGGCAUCCCCAGGUCAAAUUAUUCAGCGAGCAUAGAGUUGUUUUUGUUGAUGGGUUUAGAGGUUUUAUAACUGUUAUCUGUGGACUUGUAAUUGUGAAUUGAGGCUUGAGGUUAAUUGGUUGUGUUGCUGUUGUCCUUAACUUGCCCUCCUCACAUUUGAGUCUGUUGAGUGUGCUCAGAAAGCUAAGGCUGCUCUCAAUGGAGCCGACAUCUACGCCGGCUGCUGCACCUUAAAAAUCGAAUAUGCAAGGGUAAGUCUAUAUUCUCCACACACAAUCACAUACAUAAUGCUUAGCAAAUAGAUUUUGUUUAAAAUGCCGGAGCACUUCCUGGUGAUCAGCCUCAGCAUGCAACAACAUAUCUGUUGUUUCCCUCCUGUAGCCAACUCGCUUGAACGUGAUCAGAAAUGACAACGAGAGCUGGGACUACACAAAGCCUUACCUGGUCCGAAGA